UGACCCCCGCCCCUCUCCCCGCCCCCACAUGACGUCACACAAGGCGCCGGUGCCGCCAUGAUGGCGGCGGGCGGCGGGGCCGGGCCCGGGCGGGCCCUGGAGGCGCUGCUGGAGAUGGGAUUCGGGGCCCGGCGAGCGGCGAAGGCGCUGGCGCUGACCGGGAACCGCGGGGUGGAACCGGCCAUGGACUGGCUGGUGGCUCACGAGGACGACCCCGACUCGGACUCGGACCCCGAGACCCCCCCGGACCUGGGGGCGCUGCUGGGGGGGCCCCGGGCGCCGCCGGGGGAGCAGGACGAGACCCAGAAGGCCCUGUCGGAGGCCGGGGAGGAGCGCGAGCGGCGCCGCCGGGGCCAGGAGCUGGCCAAGCUGCGCGAAUGGCGCCGGGACGAGGAGCGGCGCCGGGCGGCCGAGGAGCGGCGGCGGGACCGGGCCGAGGAGAGGGCGGCGCGGCAGCGAGUGCGGGAGAAGAUUGAGAGGGACAAGGCAGAGCGAGCGCAGAGGUUCGCCCCGAACCCCCCGACCCCCCCGGCCCAGCCCCCCCCGGAGGCGCCGGCGCCGCGGGAAUACGACCAGUGCCGGAUCCAGGUGCGCCUCCCCGACGGGCGCGCCCUCACGCAGAGUUUCCGUGCCCGGGAGCCGCUGGCGGCCGUGCGUCUCUUUGUGGAGCUGCACCGGGGCCCGGGGGGCACCGGGGGGGACCCCCAGAGCCCCCCCGAGCCCUUCAGCCUCCGCACGGCCUUUCCCCGGCGCCUCUUCACCGACGAGGACAUGGAGAAACCCCUGCAGGAGCUGGGUCUGGUUCCCUCCGCCGUCGUCAUCGUGGCCAAGAAGGAGGGGAGCUGAGGGGGGCCCCCCAAAAACCCCAAAUAAACCCAAAAAACCCCAAAAA